CCAUGCUUCCCCUCCUCUCUUCUUCCUGCCCAGCCUCCAAUUGGAAACCCAUCACAUCUCCGCAAGCAAAGCAAGCAGCAAGAGCCAGCCAGCUUCCACCUCUACCCCAGCCAACCCAUUGAGCAUAACAGCUAGUGCCAAUUCUGGCUUAAUUAAUCCUUUUCUUUAUACCACCUCCCUCGUGGCCUCGGUCGCCUCAGCUCCGCCUCCAAAUCCGAUCGAUCUCCGCAGGCUCCAGAUCCCCGGCGGCCGGAGGCAGCGAGCUCCCGGCGGUGGACCCCCAAGCGGCGCUCGUGUCUUCGCUCUCUCCAAUCAGAAAAGAUCCUUCACCUGAAAUUUCAUCAGGCCCUGUAGUAGCUGCUGAAUUACUGGAGUUUGAUGGUGACAAAAGAGCUUUAGAUGAUCUGAAGAUGGUGGGGAGAUAGAAGUUCCACAAGUGUACAGUGGGGUGACAAGGAUAUGACUGUCAUGAUGCCUCAGCGUCAUCGGGCUGCGGCCAAGAAGCCCAUGUGGAUAAUCGUGCUCUUGUCAAUGGUUUGUGUCGUGUUGAUUGGGGCUUAUGUCUUCCCACCACGGCGCUACUCUAAGUGCUACCUCUUUGCUUCAAGCGUAUGUACACCUUUCAAGGAUUGGCUCCCUUCCAUGGGCCGGCGGGAGCGGACUGAUGAGGAGAUUAUUUCAUCUGUAGUUAUUAGGGAUAUCCUUUCAAUGCCCAUGCCUGUGUCAAAAAAUCCAAAGAUCGCCCUUAUGUUCUUGACACCUGGUUCAUUACCCUUCGAGAAAUUGUGGGAGAAGUUUUUACAGGGACACGAAGGAAGAUACUCCAUCUAUGUGCAUGCAUCACGUGAAAAGCCUGUUCAUACUAGUUCUUUGUUUGCUGGUCGGGAUAUUCACAGUGACGCGGUAGUAUGGGGAUUGAUUUCAAUGGUUGAUGCUGAGAAGAGACUACUAGCGAAUGCUCUGGAAGAUGUUGAUAAUCAAUUUUUUGUCUUGCUCUCUGACAGCUGUGUUCCACUGCAUUCAUUUGAUUAUGUGUAUAAUUACCUGAUGGGAACGAACAUUAGCUUCAUUGAUUGUUUCAAGGAUCCAGGUCCACAUGGCAGUGGAAGGUAUUCUAUUGAGAUGUUUCCUGAAAUUGACGAGAGAGACUUCAGAAAGGGUGCCCAGUGGUUUGCAGUUACUCGGAGACACGCUUUAAUGAUUCUGGCGGACAGCCUGUACUACAAGAAGUUCAAGCUAUAUUGCAAGCCAGCGGAGGGGCGCAACUGUAUUGCAGAUGAGCAUUAUUUGCCAACCCUGUUCAAUAUGGUAGAUCCUGGUGGAAUCUCUAAUUGGUCAGUUACACAUGUGGAUUGGUCUGAGGGAAAAUGGCAUCCAAGGUCAUAUAGCGCUGCAGAUGUCACCUAUGAUCUCUUAAAGAAUAUAACGGCAAUUGAUGAGAACUUCCAUGUAACUAGUGAUGAGAAGAAACUUGUGAUGCAGAAACCGUGUUUGUGGAAUGGAUCAAAGAGACCAUGUUAUCUUUUCGCUAGGAAGUUUAAUCCUGAAGCACUUGACAACCUACUGAAGCUGUUCACCAGCUACACAUCUGUUUAAGUCCAACCUAAUUCUUUGCCUUGGGCAUAUGGUCUGAUUGAAGCCUCAAAUUCCACAAGCUUUUUCCUUGUUUAUGUAAAUUGUGAGGUCUAUACUCUUAACAAGGAUCAGAGCCGAAAGAUACCGAUUACCACUGCAUCAACAGUGACGACUUGGAGCUCUCGGUCCCACGGAAGGGCCACAGCAAUGUUCAUAGAAUGACACUGCCCUCAUAGUAAUUUAUUGUGUUCUAUGUGUGUUAUAUUUAGUCCCCUUCUCCUCCCUCAUUCGUUCCUGCCUCUUGGAGAAGAGAUUUUUGUCAUACUGUCAUUAUACGAUACAUUCUUUGUAGACACAAAGUGAUAGCUAGAGAACUUCCACAUAACUUUGUAAUUUUUAUUUUUAUUUUUUGUUAACGAAAGGUUAAUCUAUCACUAUGGAUUGAGUGUACUAUCUUAGUUGUUA